AAAAAACCAACAGACAAGACUCACUUAACCAUGGCUAUAAAACUUGCUCUGGCAGUUUUCAUGGCCGCGAUCACGGGCAUUUCGGCUGAUCAAACUUCAGCCACCGCGCCUUCACUCGUCACCUUCAUCUUUGGUGAUUCUUUAACCGAAGUCGGCAACAAUAACUACUUGCCAUAUUCUCUUGCUAGAUCAGAUUUUCCGUUCUAUGGUAUCGAUUACAUCAACAAAAAACCAACUGGCCGGUUCACUAAUGGCCGGACCAUCGGUGAUAUCAUAUCCGAGAAGCUCGGAAUACCAUCUCCACCGCCUUAUCUUUCGUUAAAUCCGACUGAUGAUACAAUCUUGAAGGGGGUUAACUAUGCAUCUGGUGGCGCGGGGAUUCUGAAUGACACCGGACUCUAUUUUAUUCAAAGAAUGUCAUUUGAUGAUCAGAUAGAUUACUUUGAGAACACAACAAAGGUGAUCAAGGCAAAGAUAGGAGAGCAGGCUGCUAAUAAACUUUUAAAUGAGGCAAUCUACUUCAUUGGAAUGGGUAGCAACGAUUAUAUCAACAACUUCCUCCAGCCGUUUCUUCCCGAUGCUCAACAGUACACUCCAGAUGAAUUUCUAGCGAUUUUAAACUCGAAACUAGCCGAACAAUUCACAAGGCUUUACUUGCUCGGGGCACGAAAGAUGGUUUUUCAUGGACUGGGGCCUCUCGGGUGCAUUCCCUCGCAACGAGCUAAAUCAAGCAGGAACCAAUGCUUGCAUCAAGUGAACGAAUGGGUGCUUCAGUUUAACUCCAAAGUGCAAAAGUUGAUAAACGUUCUAAACAUCAAGCUCAAAAAGGCGCAACUUAUGUUCGCGGAUACUUACCAAGAUGUUCUAGAUUUGGUUGAUAACCCUUCUAAGUAUGGUUUUAAGGUGUCGAAUACUUCAUGCUGCAACGUCGAUACAACUGUAGGAGGAUUGUGCUUAUCGAAUGCAAAAGUGUGUAAAAAUCGUAAGGAAUAUGUAUUUUGGGAUGCCUUUCAUCCAUCGGAUGCUGCAAACGCGGUUUUAGCUGAUCGUUUCUUUUCAAAGAUGUUUGCGACAAAUGGUUCCGUGGCUUUUGCACCAGGCCAUAUGGGAUAAGAGUUUAUAUGAUGUAUAUUUUGUACCUUGCAAGAUCAAGGCCACAACCUUUUAAAGAUAUUAGAACCAGCACUUUAUAUGCAAGCACAAUAUAGUAAUAAAUUUUGGUACUUGGUUUAAACAAGUGAGGAAUGUUGUGUAUUGGAACAGAACAUGGUUUUCUUUGUGAAAUAAUAACUACUAUAAGGUAUCUCUGUUUUUCCUAAUAAAUAAAGCAAUGUUUUUUUUCUUUU